ACCCCCCUUACUUAAAUCAACCGCCCCCGCUCCGGCUGCCAUUGGAGCCAUCCCGUGCACCCGUUGGCGCUGGCGGACGCCGCGCACGAUCCUCAAAAACACAGCGAGCCGGCCCGCCUAGCCAUGCCCGGGGAGGACCGCCCCCUCUACCGCUGCUCCAAGGCCGGCGCGACGGUCCGGGAAGGCGUCGAGCUCUCGUCGACGAAGGUCGGACGACUAGCCGGAAAGAGUAUAGUAGGCAUCAGUGAAGAGCGCACUACCGAAGAUGGAGUAGCAAGAGCGCGACUCGACAGUCGAGCGGACGAUUUGGAAGGGGGAUGGGUCUCGAAGUGGGUCUUGAAACCCAUGGACGAGGACAGUCAGCCGCCGCCGCCGCCGCCCAUGGAAGAUCCGGCGGGUCCUUGGUUGGAAUUAGAAGACGGUGUGCUGGAAAUUGAUGGUCUGCGUUUUACGAGCGACUUCUGCUCUGGCAACUUACAGUGUGUCAGAAAAGGCCACGACGGCGUCCUCGAACUCGCAGCACGAAGGGACAACCAGGGCACGCCCUUUGAAUCGCGGCAUUGUGCCUGGUUGUAUUUCCGUGUUGAGGACAAACGACGGAAAAAAGAAAGUGUUACUUUACGAGUGCGCAGCGCCUCGAGGCAAGCGGCGUUGUACCGAGCGGGCUACCGACCCGUGGAAAGAGACGGGAGUUGUCGCAGAAGUGAUGGUUCUGAUUGGGCCUCGUUAUCCGGAGACGCCGGCUGGAAAAGAAUAGCGCAGCAUUCAUUUAGAUGGAACGAGUGCCCCGACGUCGUGCCGCCGGACACGCCGUCGAAGCGCAAGUCGCGCUACGCCCAGAAACGGAGCGACUUAGACACGCCGAAAGCUUUACUUGAAUGGGACGCGGAAUUUCCCCCUUCCGGUGUCUUGGAGUUCGCCUUCUGCUACCCGUAUUCGUACGAGUCGGUCUGUGCUACGGUGGAUGCGUUGGCGCGCGCGAAUUUGGGUGAUGACGUCUAUUUAAGGAGGGAGACGCUGACGACGUCGCUGGAAGGGAGACCUGUGGAAUUAUUAACAAUCACGGCCAACGACGACACGUAUUUUGGCGACGAGCCCCUCGACUGGCGUACGCACCAUGAUACGUCAGAGAAGAGCUCGAGGGGAGGCCUCGCGUUCAACAUUUCCAGUGAAGGCGGCGACGAUUCGAGCGACGACGGCGAGGACUCGGGCCCCGAGGGCACGAACAAGCCGUCUCUUCCCAAACCUCCUCUCCUCACUCCACAUCGGAAGGACACGGAGGUGCGUGCUUGCAGUAAGCGGGAGGUCGUCAUCAGCGCGAGAGUGCACCCCGGAGAAACGCCGGCCCAAUUUGUGAUUGAUGGGUUGCUAGCAGCUGUGCUAGCGGACGGUCCCGUCGGCCAAGCCUUAAGGGAGGCCUACGUGUGGCGCGUCGUGCCUUGUUUGAAUCCCGACGGCGUCGCGCGGGGUCACUACCGCAAGGAUGCCAGAGGCGACGACCAGAACCGCCAGUACUGGCCGCCGCCGUCACCCAAACCAUCACAACAUCCAGCGCAAGCGGCCUUGCAGGCUCUAGCGCGGAGUAGCGGCGACCGGCUGCGCUGUUUGGUCGACGUGCAUGCCCAUGCUAAUAAGCGGGGCUGUUUUCUCUUUGGAAACCACAACCCGCUCGGCGGGCCGGACGCGCCGGAGUUGUUGGCUUGUAGACUGUCCGCGCAUUCUAGACAUGCCGAGUGGCAGGCCUGUGAUUUCAGUCGAAGAAAAAUGGGCAACUCCGGGUCUUGUAGGGUAGCUUUACAUCAUGCUGGUAUUGCAGAUGGAAGACCUCGAGGAGCGGAGCCGCCGGCGCACGCGUACACGUUGGAGUGCAACUACAACAAGGGGACGACGGCGACCACUUCCGUGGUUACUGACGACCCGCCCGGUUCCGUGAGAGCGGCCUGGGCGAAGUGUAGCUAUUUGUCGCCUUUAUUAGCGGCGCCGUACGAUCCGGGGGCUUGGAGGGAUGUGGGACGUGCCCUAGCGAUGGCGUUGUUGGACCUGGCGGCGGACGACGCGGCGCGGGGCCUGGACGACGUGCGGACGACGCGGACGCUGGACGAGUGUCGCAACUGGCUCGAGGCGCAGCGUUUGAAGGAGCGGCGCAUCAAGGCCAAGUUCCGGCCGCGGCGCAAGAAGAAGGAGCCCCUCUCUAGUAACUCUUAAAUUUUGACCUAGC